CCCGGCGGGAAGGGAAUUCUACGUGCGUGUACACGGUCUUCUCGAGAGCCAGAGCCUACAAGUCUACGACGAAUUUGCAAGGCUCCAUUGAUUUCAAAUGAAGAAAAAAAAUCUUGCACGCCAGCAGACUUUGAUAAUGAUGAACUGAAAGAACUAACCGUAGGCGUAGCUGCCUGGCAUCGAUCGAAAAUGCAGAGAUAUACAUAAAGAAAAACGUAAUAUUAUUAUUAAAUAUAACAAUGCUGAAAAAGUACCAAUUAUUAAUCAAGAAAGAAGAUUAUUCCAAUUUGGAAAAUCUUCUGAUUCAAGAUUCAGAUCAACAUGUGAUAAAGAUUCUCUCUCAGGAGCUGAAGGAGCCUCAUGGCGUCUCUCUUGCUGAUGGUUUACUGACUGCCCUCAAAGGUGUCACACGAGAGAGUUUGUCUCUUCGAACCAAGGUCUAUGAGACAUUGUUUGAGCUGGUGCGAGUGGAGUCCAGUGAUACUGGAGCUACUAUAAAUGAGCAUGUAUUGGGAGGACUAACAGGAGUCCUACUGCGGCAGCUAGACCAGUUCCCAACGCACUGCCUACUGCCUUUUGUUGACCAGUACAUUGAGCUCGCCAAGUUGGGCGAGCCACUCCAUGGCCGAUGGCUAGAUAUAUUGCCGAAGCUUGUGUGCACCAUCAGCAAACGACAGGACAUAAUAUUGGGCGGGACGCGGGAAAUGACUGGUGAAGACUUCAAGUAUCAUGUCAUUCAGACCUUCUGUGAGCAAACAUGGCCUGCCACCACCACCUCCAGCUUACUGGUGGCAUUCAAAGAGAUGAACUUAGAGAAACAGGAGCUUACCGACAUAGUUCUGAAGGUAGAGCGCGUGCUACGCUCUCUCGAGUACCAGAACGUGCCGCCCAUUAUCUAUCAGCUCGUGCUGCUCACCCAAUCAAAGAUCCCAGGAGCUGCUAUCAGAACUGUCGAAGCUUAUUUCCGAGAGCAGGAGAAGAAAAUGCUAGCAGAGCAACCGCAACCUAUAGCCUCAAUGGAUGAAAUUAACUCUGCUGAAGUGACGGACCAACAGAUCAAUACUGAUAGAGCUCAGAGGGACUUGCGCGAGGCACAAGGAACCGUCAUCUUGCAUGUCACGCAUCUGGCUCAGUUUGAUCCAAGCAUUGCUAAGGACUACAUCAAGCUCCUCAAAACUGCUCGCUGGCUCCCUCAUGUUCUUUUUUCUCCAUUCAAUCUCUCUCUUGCACUCUCUCUGGCCUCCAUUGAACGAUACCAAGACCAGGUGGUCGAGGCUGUAUGCAAGAGCAUUCAUCACAGUUUGCUGCUGGCACAAAAGAGUCGUCACAGUGCGUGGCUACGCAGAGUGUGGCCCCUAGCAGUGGAUCUGCAGAAUGUCUUGCGUACCACAAUAGUCAACAGUGCUCAAGGCUGGCAGCAGGUGUGUAGCGGUGUGUGUGUGGUGCUGCUCAGCCUCCUGGAAGGGGGAGCUGGUGUACGUGAUGAAGCUGCCAGUCUGGGGGUAACGUGUUUACCCUUGCUGCUGUCAUCUCAUCCCCAGACAGCUCCACACUGCCUCAAACAAAUUGCUAACUGCUCUCUCAUCGCCUCGCGCCCUCGACACUAUCUUGCUGCCCUGAGCCGCAUCGGUCGCUGUUCUCCGAUGGUUCUUGUUGAACAUCAAAGUCUUGUAAGGGAGCUGCUGCUGGAGCAGCUGCAACACCACCAACCAGCCACGGCCGUCUCCAUCCUGCACGCUCUCAGCAACACGUUCCGUAUGGAUGUACCUCUCAGAGAUGCCCUCAUGUUGACUCUCAGGAAGAUGCUCUUCUCAAGGACUGUCCACUGUCGGGUGGUUGCUGUGCAAGGGCUGCUUUUGCUUCUGCGACACUUGCGUGUUGAGACAACCCUCUCCUCAUCUCAGGCGUCAUUCUCCUUCUCUUCAGCGCUGUCACAAAUAAGUGCUACUGCUGCUCAAGUACAUGGGAGUGACCUGGGCCAGCACGAAAGUCUGUGUUAUGAACUGCUCGCCCUGUUGCGUCGUUGCUUUUCUCAACAACAUGAGGUGCGCUCAGCUCUCUACAAGGGGCUCUACGACGUGUGCCGUGCAAACCGCAAGCUCACUGUGAACAUUCUAGGUCUCCUCCUGCAACAUCUCUCAGCGUUCAUUGACACACGACCUGCUUGCUUAAAUCCAAUUGUGGUGAAAGACUUGGUGACGCUACAAGGAGACAGUUGGAUCUUACAGGAGCCUCUCGGUGACCUGCUAUCAGUUAUUGCUGCUUGUAAAGUGUUUUAUCGCGAGCUGGAGGAAAAUCCUGCGCAUUCAAAAAGUCUUCUGGAUGAUGACGAAGACGAUGCAAAUUCGCCCGAAAUCCUCAACGAUGUUUGCCGCACUUUCGAUGUGCUCGAACAAAAGCUGUCCACGUGUGAACUGAAUGAUCUAGAUUUCGAUAACAAUACCGAUUUUUCACUUUCUGCAUUGGGACAAAAGAAUCAGUUGCUGGCCCAGAUUAUGUUCUCUGUUUAUGAUGCUGUAAUCGGUCACACAUUUUUGUGCGAUGUCAGCCGUCCAAAAGAAAAAAUGCAACUUUGCGUGGAUCUUUUCAAGAAGCAGAGGAAAAUUGUGGAGCUUGUAAAGGUGAAAAGCGCAAAAUCAACUGCAUCCAAGAAAGGAGAAGGAACUUCCAAAGGGAAAGGCCGAGUCAGCUCAAAGAAUGAAGUUGAUUUCAAAUCGAUCUUACGGCUCUCUGUGGUGACAGAAAUGCUUGCUUUGUGCCUCUGUGAAGGAGAAGGCGAGCAAACCGACCUCCCAUUCGCAGAAUGCCAAGAACUUCAGGCAUAUCUUUUGUCUUGCGUGGAGAGCCACGUUUCCGCACACUCGAACUUGUCAAUUCAGGAGCGCGACCGUCACCUUCCUUAUCUACGUCGUCUGGCUCGUCUCCUGUUUGUGGAAUGUUUUGAGCUCUGCGGCCGCGUUGACCCUGACGACGAAAGAGAAGUUGCGAAAUUACACACAUGUGUUAACAUUGUGCACUCGCUCAUGGACAAUUUUGUGAAGCACCACGGAGACAAACUCGAACAAAUUUUGAAGGAUAUCACGAACAAAUCAGCCAGUAAUGAUGUUAACACAUUGGCAUUUCUGGUAGUGAAAGGAUGCCAAAAAAUGCUCGUGAGGCUCUUGGGAAUAGAAGAUAACCAAGCCCUUAUGAAGGAUUCAACUACCAUAGUUCAGAUCAUUGCCCAAGUCGUGUGUAUCAUUAAUCAUGAUGCUGAAGAACUCCAGAAAGCCUAUGAAUGGGUUGAGAAAUUUUCCAAAGAGAAAAGCAUCGGUUAUGUCCCUCUUUGUGAAGCAAUUAUGAAACUUCUGCUUUUCUUGUCUGACCAAAUUAAUGCACGCCACAAUCUUGAUCAGCACUUGGCUCGUGACAUUUACCACUGUUUGGGAGACAACGAUGAGAGCGUCAUAGUGAGUGAUACCCGCAUCGAAUUCAGCAUAAUUUCCGAGUCGACGGUUACGGGAAGCAUCAGUGUGCUUAUGGCGCAUCUGGAUAGCUCUUUGGCCAUCACUGAGAUGUCACUCAAUAAAAUGAGAGCUCAUCUUUGUACGCCCACAGACUAUCCAUCAGACAAGGUUGAAGAAAAUGUAAACAUUAAGUUGGGUGUCAUCAUUAAAGCUAUGAACGAGGUCGUGCGAUCAGCCCUUCCACUUGGACCCGUUAUGGAUUUGGUGAUUAAAAAGGCUGAGAAAAUUUACGGUAUAAUGGCGCUUUACAUUCGUUACUACCUCGACUUGUUCAGAGUUAAGAAUUAUCCUCAGAUAUCAGAGAAGUUCGAGCGUUUGGUGCACAUGUCUGGGGAGCUGCUGUCCGAGCCUCUCUACCUAUUCCUUAACUACGUGGAAGAAGCGCGCAGUGGCGAUCGAAACAUCGCCCUUCAAACAGCAAUGAAGGAGUCCAAACUCAUCCCUGCUCUUGUAUUCGCCAUCGAAAAGUAUGAAAAGCUUGUCAUUCAACUUUCCAAGCGUUCUAAAGUCAAUUUAAUGACAGGAAUGAAGUUGAGCACCCUGAGAGAUUUCAAAAUUGAAACUAACAAACUUGAGCGCUUGAACAACAGUAACGAUGAUCAGGAAGAGCGGGAAGAUGCAGAAGAACACGCUCCUGCCUCUUCCGAUGAGAAAACCAUUCCAAAGAAGAGGAAGGCUUCGGCCGACCCCAACAAUGCCUCUCAAAAAAGACGAAAGCUUCAAUCCAAAUGAGAGAGUGUUAAGUUUGUUGAGCUUCUGUGUCAAGUUUGUUGAGCAUCAUUGCCGAACUUCGAGAAAAAUGACAGUGACCUGUUAUGACGCAAAAUCCGUUGUCUGAUGGUAAUUAUCACCGUGUAAACACAGAGGAAUCGGUUUCUAAAUAUGUUGUUUUCUAAUGUUUACAAAUGAUGUACAGAAUAUCUUUUCUCAUUUAAGAUAAAGGAACAUAUAUUCUUUGUAACUGAACUAAAAAUUAAUUAUUUGCCUUAACGGG